AUCUUUCUUUUCACUUUUGUUUUGUUUUGUUUUUCUGUCCCACAGAUAAAGCAACACCAACAAAAGAAAAGAGAGAAACAACAUAGAAAAAACAUCAUUUGCAGUAUCAUCAAAUCAAAUGUGGAACCUUCAAAAACACUGUACUGCACUAUAAAAAAAAAAAACACACACAAACGGAACCUCGAAGUACAACAUUUUUUUUUUAGUUAGUACACAAUCACAGACAUAAACCCUCUCUCUUUCUCGUUUCAAUGGCGGCUGUGCUGCUUUCAUUUGUGUCAAAUUCUGAGCCUAAUUUUCCGUUUUCAAUAGAGAAUCACUCGCAAAUAUACAAACCCAUGUUGUAUUUUUGCUUCUUGGUCUUCUUCUUCACCUUCUUUCUCUUGGUUAUCUCCUACUCCACGUACAAGAGGUUGAAGAAACCUGAGCAGAACCGAGAAAAGGAGGAUACCCAGAAGCCAAUUCGGAGCGACCAGUUGGAAUUCGAGCGUGCUUUGGAUGAAACAUCGGGUGCGGCCCGUGAAAAUGACCCGACCCAUUUGACCCAUUCGCUUCUUUUGGAGAUCUUGCCCUCUGAUUCUCCCAAAUGGGACUGUUUGUUUGGGGAAGAAAAAGGUGGUGACCCGGAUUCGAACGGGUCGGGUUUGGAUAUGGAUGGUGUGGAUCACGGUGGGGAUCAGAGGGUGAUGAAGAAAAAGAAGAAGAGGGCCAAGAAGAAGAGGAUGAAUUCACUAGCUGAAGAAGGUGGUGGUAGUGAAGAGAGGCCGUGUGUGGAAAGAGGAAACUCGGGUCAGGGUUCUCGGGUCAAGCAGGAGUUGGUAUGUUUGUACCCGUUUACAUCAUCAAGUAGUGCCAUGCAGAGGAGGAUCAAGCAGCAGUAUGAUGAGCUUGUGAAGUGCAAUGAGACCAAAGGAUUGACACUGGCACAGGUUGGAGAUUUUGCCAAUUGCUUGAUUGAGGCUAGAAAUGAGCUACAGCAUAAGGCUGAUGUCAUCCAACGUAGGUUCACUAUUACUAAGGCUCUACUAUUCAAGGCAGACAGAUCUUCCUUCGACCGCCUCCGCCAACAGAUAUACAAGCUAGAAUUAGAACAAAAGAGACUAGAAGAGGAUGCAUUUGUUUAUAAUUGGCUUCAACAACAGCUAAAACUCUCACCGGCAUACAAAAAGAUGGUUGAAAUUAGCGCUUCCAUGGAAUUGAAGGCAAAAUCUGGGGAGCUGGUGGAAAGUGUGGACACAGACUUUGCUGACAUUUCAUUUGAAGAUUUUUUAGCACAAGAAAAGAAGGAUUCAUUUUGGCAAAGAAAUGGCAAAUCAAGAUCAUUCUCAAGUUGAUGACAAUAUUUGCUCUGCUAACCAUAAUCACGAGUUUCAGUAAUUCAGUUCAGUUGUAUGUAUAUCCAAUACCCAAGUCUUGCACUGUCACGGGAACUUUUUUGGCUGCCGGUGCUUCUUCAAAUAGGAAUAUAACCAUUGCUAAUAUAUGUUCAAAUUUUCUUUAUAGGAUUUUUCUAUGGAAACUAGUUCAUCAAUAUGGAUUUUGAAUGUAGCAUACCAUGUUCUACUGAAAUUUGGCAUUUUUGCUAACUACUAACAUUGCCUUUUAAGAUUUGAAAUGCAAUAGAUGCUUGUAGAUCU